AUGUUUGCAAUGGAUGACAUACGGUCAAAGAUGAUUUGCAGUUAUACUGAUAUAGCACAUGAAUCUCGAUCAGAAUUAACAGAUCCAUUAUCAAUAUUACUUGAAGCUCGAUUUGAACCAUGUCAAGUAUGUGGCGAACAAUCGUCUGGUCUUCAUUGUGGCGCAAUUACUUGUGAAGCAUGCAAAAAAUUUUUUUUACGAUCCAUUAAUGGUGAAGAUCAGAAAUAUAAAUGUGUUAGAAAUAAAGAUUGUAUUAUAACAAGAAAUACUCGAACGCAAUGUCAAUAUUGUCGAUUUCAAAAAUGUAAAAUUAUUGGAAUGACAGUUAAAGGUUUGAUGUUAUUCAAUAGUAACAUUCUUAUAUUAUUUUCUCGACUUAAAGAAGGUGCAGAAAUACAACAAACACCACGAGUAGCUGAUAUAUUUGCUCAAAUUUCCUGCUAUGUUUGUCAAGCACCAUCAAGUGGUAUUCAUUUUGGUGCUAUUACUUGCGAAGGAUGUAAAGGUUUUUUUCGAAGAAGUAUUAAAGAACGAGCACCCAGUCGUUAUAAAUGUAUGGAUAAUGGAACAUGUGAAAUUAAUGUUACAACAAGAAAUGCUUGUCGUUAUUGUCGAUUUCAACGAUGUAUUAAAGUGGGCAUGUCUGUCGAAGGAAGCCGAAUCGGACGUCAAAGUAAUUUAUUUAAACAUCAUAUGCGUAUGAUGCUUCAAAGAAAUGGUCAAAUACCAAAUGCAACAGUGCUUCAUCAAAUGGUUCAUUCAACAUCAUCGUCAUCAAGAAAUAAAACAUCGAGUAGGAAAAGAACAAUGAGUGAAUCAAGUAGUUCUGAAAGUGAAUUAACACAAUCUACAUCAACGAAUAUGGAUUUUGAAGAACAAUUGGAUCAAUCAAGUAAAGAAUUAAUAUCCAACGUUCACAAAGCUUUCAAAGAGACACUGGAUAAUUUACCAAUAUGUCAAGAUAGUGGUAAUUCUUGGCUAUCAUCAAUGAAUCAAUUUAAAAACUAUGCUAAUCGCUGUGUAAAAUUUGCUACACGUAUACCUGGUUUUAUGAAUUUUCAUAAUGUUAACGAUCAAAUUCAAUUAAUAAAAUCUUCUAUUCAUAGUAUUAUUAUAUUAUGUUUGCAGCAUUUAAAUAAUCCUUCAAUUUGGAAUUAUUUUAAUGUCAUUGAUCAAAAAAUGAAUGAAGAAUUUCAACAAAUCUUUCCGUUUAUUGAACAUAUACGUUCUGAUGGAGAAAAAAUCCAAUCGUAUAUUUAUUCAUUAAAAUUAGACGAAAAAGAAUUUUCAUUAUUAUUAUCAUUACUGAUCAUAUCUACAAGUAAUGUUCAUCUCAAUGAUUUUUUAUUGAUUGAUUCAACACAAACAGAAUUAACAUGUGCAUUAUGUGAUUAUAUGGAUAAUAAACGAGGAAGUAAAAGUCGAGACUUCUAUACAUUAAUGUUACUAUUACCAUCGUUGAGAAAAUUAAAUGCAAUAAUACAAGAUCAUAUUAGAAAUGAAGUACCCAAGAAUGUUGAAUUUCCAGCAUUUUUUUCAAGAGUUUAUCUUAAUCAACAAGAUACUAAUUAUCAACAAAAUUAUGAUGGAACAAUUGAAAAUCAACAAACAGAAUUUUAG